AUGGUGAAGAUCGAUUUGAAUGAUGAACUUGAAUUUGGCAAUGAGCUUAACAUGGAACAUGAACCACCAGAUGAACCAAUGUUGGUGCAAACGACCAAUGUCGCCAUCACAACUGCUCCUUCAACUAGAGCCGCUCGAACGAGUACAGAAGCGAUUGUACAAUUAACAACAACAAACAAAGAAUCAUUAAAAGAUGCGGUGGUAAAUUUUGUUGGUGAUAAAGCAAAAACACUUUCGGAUAUUGCUCGAGCAAAAGUAAUGGCAAAAACUGGUUUACCAGAAUGGGUAUUUGUUUUUUUUGGCAUAAUUUGCCUUGCACUAAUUCUAUGUUGUGCUUAUCUUCUGAUACGGAAAUUAUUUGGGAAGAAACGACAUGGUGAAAAAAAACAAAAAGGAUUGAAAGGAUUUUUUGGCGGAAAAGGCAUUGAUCUUAUCACGAUUGAUCAAAAUAAGCUUGCAACAGAUUUAGAGCAAUUAGAAGAGAAUAUGGAACAAAAUGAGAAGGAACAAGCAGAAGAAAAAGAAGAAAUAAAACUUGGAAGAUUACAAUAUAAGUUAGACUAUGAUUUUCAACAAAAUCAGUUAUCGGUAACAGUGAUACAAGCAGAAGAUUUGCCGGGAAUGGAUAUGAGCGGUACAUCAGAUCCAUAUGUGAAACUAUAUCUUCUACCGGAAAAAAAGAAAAAAGUAGAAACAAAAGUGCAUCGUAAAACGCUUAAUCCUGUUUUCAAUGAAACAUUUAUAUUCAAGGUACCAUUCGUUGAAAUAGCAUCAAAAACGCUUGUUUUUGCGGUGUACGAUUUUGAUCGUUUCUCGAAACAUGAUCAAAUUGGCCAAGUGUUAAUACCACUUGGUAAAAUAGAUCUUGGCCAAGUGAUUGAGGAAUGGAAAGAUAUUGCACCACCACCUGAUGAUAAGGAAGCCGAUAAAAGUUUGGGCGAUAUUUGUUUUUCAUUAAGAUAUGUACCAACUGCUGGUAAACUUACAGUAGUUAUUUUGGAAGCUAAAAAUUUGAAAAAAAUGGAUGUUGGUGGAUUAUCAGAUCCAUACGUAAAGAUAGUAUUGCUACAAGGUGGAAAACGAUUAAAAAAGAAGAAAACAAGUAUUAAAAAAUGUACUCUAAAUCCAUACUACAACGAAUCAUUCUCAUUUGAAGUACCAUUCGAGCAAAUUCAGAAGGUAUCACUAAUGAUAACUGUAAUGGAUUAUGAUAAAUUGGGUUCAAAUGAUGCAAUCGGCCGAUGUAUAUUGGGUUGUUCAGCAACAGGUGCUGAAUUACGACAUUGGAUGGAUAUGUUAGCCAGUCCACGUAGACCCAUUGCUCAAUGGCAUACUUUAGGCCCUGUAGAAGAGCCCGAAAAACCUUAA